AUGUCACAGUCUCUGGCUGCGCAGGAUGAGGAUGAGCUGUGGUGUUGCUCCAAUAAGUUGUUGCUAAAUAAAGAUAAGACAAAGAGAAUGGUGUUCUCCGUGCGAAGCCUGCCUGGAGAUAGUGAUUUGGUUGGCGAAGCCAAGUUUCUGGGGGUUACUUUGGAUCCAAGAUUGCAACGGGACCUUCGCAAGGACAGUGUUGCUGGAAAGGCCACCAAAGGGAUAUAUGUGUUACGGAGUCUGUCUUCUUGUGUUUCUGUAGCCAAAUUGAGAAUGGCUUACAUAGACUGUUAG